CUCCCGCGGAGUGAUUUUGUCAGGACUACACCCAAGCGCUGGUCUCGCCUCAGCUGCAUUCUCUCUUGGUUGGCAAGACCAGAAGAAAGCUUUGACUUGACGAAGCCGGGGGCUUUUUUCCGCUUGUUGGACGCCAUUAACCCACUGACAACUGUCGUAUUCUCCCGCUGCCUUCGUGGUUUGAGAGGGGUCUGUGAACUUAUUUUUUUUUAAAACUUAGACUCGUCCUCAGAAAACAUGUCCUGGCAAAGCUACGUGGAAAACCUGAUGGCCGACGGCUCCUGCCAGGACGCGGCCAUUGUUGGCUACACCGAUUCCAAAUACGUCUGGGCAUCGAGCCCGGGUGGCACAUUUGCUGGCGUUACGACCGACGAAAUUGACGCAAUAAAUGCUGGUGACCGAAAUUGCCUGCUCACCGGCGGGCUAACCUUAGGCAAACAGAAGUGCUCUGUAAUUAGAGAUCAAUUCCAGAGUGACGGUGAUUGGUCAAUGGACAUCCGGACAAAGAGUCAAGGAGGAGGGCCCACGUACAAUGUUGCUGUAUGCAAAGCUGACAGAGUAUUGGUUAUGGUGAUGGGGAAGGAAGGCAUCCACGGUGGGGCGCUCAACAAGAAAACACAUGACAUGGCCAAAUACCUGAGGCAGUCUGGAUACUAAAGCAUCCCGUGCCCAGCCGCCCAUCCACUUGGCUUCUCCCACCCACCCAAUUGCAUUUCACCCCCCCUCCCCAUCCUAGUUAGUAGUUGAAUUUUCUUUUUCUGCCUUCAGUUCUCCUUCCUCCAAUCACCCCCCGCCCCCCUUGUCUUAAGUUGACCCAUCAGAGCAGAUGUACUUCAGCGAGACCAGCAAGAACACUUUCUGAAUUGGCGCCAGUCUUGUCAACAAUGCCUUCUGAGCUCUUCACUCGGCUCACAGCGUCUCCCCCCCCUCCCCCAACGCUAACGUCCUGGAGGGGAGACGUGCACAUGCAUAUCUCUGUCCACUGUCUUCGCUCGUCUCCCCGUAAGGGGGGGGCACGGCAGGGCGGGGGGCGUAUGGACCGGCCAGGUUAACUAUCAUGAAGCAGAUUUGUGAGCGUUGCCGCUGGUAGCAUUACCCCCCCCCCCCCCCCCCCCACCCCCACCUGUCCACCCAAAGCAACGGACAUUCCACGGUUACUGGCUCAGGCACUUAUAGCGUUUUUGUUUGCCAGCUCCUGUAAUAUAAAUAUUGUUUAUGAAAGCUUGCCAUUCAUAUCCCAGCUUUGUUUAGUUUUUCUUUGAUAAUAGGACCAAGUGUAGUGGUAAAAGCCGAGCCCAUUCUCAUCUUCCUGUUAUGCUGCAGGGGAGCUGAGCAGGAACUAGCCUCCGUGUUCGUGCUUUUUUCUUUCACUUCCUCCAUUCAGCUACACUGAAUCUGAAACUCAAAACUGUGGAAUCGAUGGCCUUUUUUUUUUCCUCACCGUGCGCCGAGCCCCGACUCACUUGGCGCCAACCGUAACGUCCAACUGCUAAAAUGUCCCAAGCCGCACUCCUCGAGAUGGGAUUGGUUGGAAAGCGAUGUGUAUCCUGUGCCAUAUUGUUAGCGGUCUUCAUUAGCCACCAUCGGCGUCCCGCCCGCCCCCCUACCCACCCCCACUUGGGUUUAACAAAGCUUCAGCUCUACUCUGCAGGCCUUGAGACGUGUGUACUCAUCAAAUCUGUUUCAAAGUCCUGUUUUGCUGAUUUCUGUUCACUUUCUUUUGUAUCUGGGAUACAGUCUGUCAUGCAUACAAGCGACAACGCCAUAUUGAUUUAUCACCUUGUUUACAGACAGAUCAAAAUAAAUUUAUUCCAACCAGA